CUCGCAUACCUCUUCCGUAUGAACCUCACCCUCAGUUCAACUAUCAACACCGGUCCAGGUCCAUCAGGGACUCGACUGGCCAUCCCCAUAACCGGUGGAACUUUUUCAGGCCCCAAGGGCAAAGGCACAAGAACUGUUCUUCCCAUCGGAGCUGACUUUGGUACAAUCGACGCCUUGGGAAAUUUCAAUGUCGACGCACACUCUGUGAUACAAAUGGAUGACGGAUCCUAUGUUUACAGUCACUCGACUGGCCCUUUGAUCUCUGGCCAGACUGCUUUAGACAGAGUCAAGUUUGAGACUGGAAGCAGCAAGUACUCUUGGCUCAACGAGAUUCUCGCGGUAGCCGUUACGGAUUUCCCGGGGCCUUGGGUAUCUCUCGAUGUUUGGCAGGUGAACCCUAGCUCUUGA